GGUCCCGCCUAGCCGCGGAGGUGGAGGGAAGGUCCCUGCGUGACGGCUGCCGCGGCGGCAGUUCCCUAGCGGGUAGGAGCAGGCACUCGCUGCGGCUUUCUCUGCCGGGGAGGCUCUGCCGUCGGGGUGUGCGACGCAGCCGCUUCUCGCCUCGCCAUGUCUAAAGACGCGAAGAAGCCCUUCCGCCAGAGCAUGGCCGAGUGGCGGCAGUUCAUCUACAACCCCAACAGCGGCGAGUUCCUGGGGCGCACGGCUAAGAGCUGGGGUUUGAUCUUACUAUUUUAUCUGGUAUUUUAUGGCUUCCUAGCAGCACUCUUCACAUUCACAAUGUGGGUUAUGCUUCAGACACUGAGCAGUGAUAUCCCAAAAUAUCGUGACCGGAUUUCUAGUCCAGGACUUAUGAUUUCGCCCAAGCCAGACACUGCAUUGGAAUUCUACUUUAACAGGAGUGACACCCAGUCAUAUGCAGAGUAUGUCGCUACACUUAGAAAGUUCCUUGAAUCCUACGAUGAUUCAAAGCAAUCCCAGAACAUAAACUGUACACCAGGAAGGAUUUUUGAUCAGAAUGAUGUUGCUGUUAAAAAGGCAUGUCGGUUUAACCUCUCGGAGCUUGGACAGUGCUCUGGAAAGGAAGAUAAGACCUUUGGCUAUUCUAAAGGAACUCCCUGUGUGCUUGUGAAAAUGAACAGAAUAAUUGGAUUAAAGCCUGAAGGAGAACCACGUAUACAGUGUGCAUCUAAGGAAGAAGGCAUGGUUGAGAUAAGUUAUUUUCCUCCUGAAGGCUUGAUUGACUUGAUGUACUUUCCCUACUAUGGAAAAAGCUUGCAUGCUCACUAUUUACAGCCUCUAGUGGCUGUUCAGCUAGCCAUUAACUCCAACAGUACCAAAGAAGAAAUAGCCAUCGAGUGCAAGAUCCAUGGCUCCCCUAAUCUGAAAAACGAAGACGAACGUGACAAGUUUCUGGGUCGAAUUGCCUUCAAAGUUCAGAUGACUGAAUAGCUGGAGUAGGAAAUUGUCCACAGAGCAAAGUGUCUUGUCUGUUUUGUAUCAGCUGGAUGUGCCAUUCUAGGAUAUGAGACCACCUUGGAGAGUGUUAAGGUGGUUUAUGGCGUUCAGGGUAGCAUAGUAAUAUGCUUCCAAAUUGUAUGUUUCAAAUCCCUCAAAAUAAACACCUAUCUUGCUUCUGCCUGCCCCGUUGGAACAGUGUACAGACUAUGGUUAUGUCAUAGGGACCUGUAAAUAGCUGUUUUCAAACACAUAAUAAUGGUGACCUUUGUCCUGUUCUAAAAUGUGGUUUCAUUCCCCAAGUGAGUGUCUCAAGCUAAAUGUGCUGUGCUAUGUAAAUAUUGUAUUGAUUUAACACUGAUUUAACUGUCCUAUCUCAAUGCUGACACAGUAUAGGGAUAAGUAAUAAAUGGUACCUGAUCCAAGUAGUGGUUUUUGUAAGAGUAAACACCUCCAACGUAAAUUAUGUGCAUGGGAGUGGGUGGGUGGGUGGCUGGCUGUGUAGAAAUGCCUUAAAUUGUAGCCUGGGUGGCGUGGGAGAACUGAAAGGGAUUUUAAGAGUUGGUAUGGAUUUCUGACAGCAAGUGCUCAACUAGUACUUCUUGUGCUUGUCGAUGUGCAAGUAUUGUGUACAUGUAGUACUUGGUCUAGAGGUGUGUGUUCUAGCUGAGGAGUCUUCCUUCGUGGUGUUAACUGCUUGCCAUGUGUGGAGCACAACAGCUAUACACUAUCUUAAAACUUUUUAGUUGAGAAAUAUCAAUAUCCAGCAGUUGUUUAGUUCGUGGUAACAGUUGUACAACAGAGCUGCUAAAGAAAUGGCCUUGCUAUUGCAGGGAGAGGCUUUCAGUUUCCAAGGAAAAGGUUUCCUGAAGAACCUCUGUUAAAAAAAGGAGGAAAAGGGCAAGAAAGGCUUGUCAUGAUUAAACAUUCCUGUUUAAUUUAUAUGCUCUGUUUCAUUGCAUCAUUUUAACAUGCUUCAUGUCUUUGUCUGCUCUUUCAUCAUGGAUUUUCUGUGGUUUUGUGGGUUAAGGGCCAACUGAUGGACCCUAAGGUGGACAGGUGGGAGUUACCAGAUCACUUUAUUCCUUUUCCCUCAGUAGCUUCUCUUUUAUAGUUGUAGUUGUUGUUAAAAAUUACUUAGCUUCCAAUUCUAUGCAAGUCAUUUUGCUUCCCCCUUUUACUUCCCCUGCCUGUCUUUUCCCUGAGGGGGAGAGAGGGGAGUAAUCCAAAUUAUAUCCUGGGAGUUUUUCCCCUGGGCAACUUUAAAUGGUGAUAUGUUUCUUCAUCUCCAUUUAAAACCCUGGUGCCCUCAGCUGUUUUACACACAUAUCCUGUUGACUUGGGGUGGAUUCCUUGAAGUUUACCCAAAGUGUUAAUCCAUUUGCUAAAAUGACUACAAACAGACUGGUUUAUUUGUGACUGCUCCUUAGGUUAAAACCAGACUGACCCAUUCUGUUGGGUUGUAACUUCUGCAGUUGUGCUGACAUGGGAUUUAGGUUACUCUUCCCCACGGUCUGUGUUUGCUUUGCUCUUGUUUGUUUUUUUUGAACACAUGGUCCAUGUUCUGAUGUCUCCUCAGUUUUGAAGAGCACAGCAGAUCAGCAUUUGUGUAAAUACCUGUACGUUCUGCUAGCUAGGCCUAAGUUUGUUAAUUAGCAUGCUUUUGUGCCUGAUUCUGACAGUGGGUUUUAAUCUUUUAUUUAAACAAGCUAUCUGAGUGAUUACUAAAACUCAAGAUCCUGCUUUGAAAAUGUUCAAAGCCAAUCUAAACCACAUUAGCACAAAACUUUUAACAACACCUGUGAAAGCUUACACUGGUGCACUGUUGGAGGAAGCUGCUCUUACUGGAACUUGAACAGUGUCUUUGAACCUCAUCAAAACUAGAUUUAUACUGCCCUGGUACCCCCAGCAUGCUUUUUUGUUGUCUGUAAAACCGAACUGUUCCUAGAAUCUGCAAUGGGUACUUUUGUAAAGUAGCAUGCAUUGAUACUGAAUACGAAUGUUCUUUCCAGCUACUCUGUCUAAUGUUCUAAAUCAUGCACAUUUAGACCCGGGCUACCUGGGUUCUUGAGGAUAGGACUAAUUGCUUCUCUGUAUAUUAAUAUUGCCUGGAAAUAGUUUAAUAAUUGUGAGGGGACUUAAAAGUGUAUAGAUGUUUUAUCUGAAAAUGAGGAGGAUGAGCUUCAUGUGGAAAAAAAACCAUUUACAUCUGUAUUCACUUAGGCAUGGGAAGAAAUUCUGGAGGAACACUCAGUUUUCAGAUGAGCUGAUUUUUUGCAACAGUUUCUCUUUUGACUUCUCUAUAUAGACAAAGCAUGAAAUGGCAACUCUUCACCAGCACUUUUCAGACAGGUAGAACUCAAUAAAACUCCUGUUCUCCCUAGACUUCCUACAAGUGUUUGGUUUGUGGGGUUUGGGGUGGGGUUUUUUGACCGUUUAAGGAUUUUCAGCUGGGGGGAGGGGUAGAAAGAAAAAAAAAGUGUUGAAAGGAUUCAGCUAUGAAACUUAGCCUGUAAAAUGCAAGGAAAGAGUCUAGUGUUAAACGCUUACACUGAACUCUUCCCUCAUUUUCUUUGUCUUUCUCACUUUGAUAAGAAUUUGAGUAAAUAAUCCAGUGACUCUCAAUAAAUGGCUGUUUACUAUUAAUGGA